AUGAAGGUGUCAAAUGUCAGCGCCAUCUUCUUUCACCAUGAUUGCACCGUGUUUGUUGCUUUUGCUCCAACUGUCUUGUCAAAUGACUAUGGUCUGGUUGGUGUAGUCGUAGUGAUACUUGAUGUUUUGACAUGGACAUUUGCAGUUCCCAUUGGACAAGGGUCGACCUCCACUUCGUCAGACACAUUCUACUUGCUUUCACGUAAAGUCCCCAACUCUCCCGAUGCUCGCCUUCUGAAUCCAUCCUUAAGCCAUCUCACAAAUAAAAGCAAGUUACGCCGUCCGUGUUUUUCUAGGGUUAGGUCACAAAUGAAUCCUCGAGCUACGUCUCAAAGCUUCCGUGAUGAUCAAGGAAACUCUGCAAGUUUGGUGGACUCAAACUUGAGUAUUUUGAAAUACAGAAUGGAGCAAGUUCGGACCAGGGAAAGGUUAAAUGCUUGUUAUCUGCAUGGAAAUGGAUGGAAUUAUAAUUCUGGGUACAACAGCAAAAUCAAGAGACAAGAAAUGUUAUUGCAGUCUAUUGAGCUACUAGGUAUAGUUUCUAGCUCAAUAGGACUCGUAUUUCUAAGUGGUUCUCUCUUCAUUUUCCUUGUUUCCUUGUGUUUCUAA